AUCAGUGCUCUGAUUGUGCCUACAAGUAGCAUGGCGCGUCCGGAUACUGGCCAAGUGGUGGCCUGGUAUGUCUGUACCGUCGUCGCUUGCGUCUUCCUGGUCGCCCGUCUCGCAGUCCGAUGGCGGUUGCUCAAGCGCCUCUACAUCGAUGAUGUAUUCGUCGCCCUGGCCGCCUUGUGUCUAAUAGGAGAUCUGGCGAUCCAGCAUUACAUGUUUAAUCAGGGAAUGUCCGACAUGGCCCAUGCCAGCACCGAGAAUGCGAUCAGAAUGAUGAAGAUGAUCAUCCCCGGAUCCACUCUCUAUGUCACCUCGCUUUGGCUGAUCAAGGCCAGCAUGGUGAUCUUCUACAAGCGGCUUGCCGAUCGUACAAAGUACCAAACAAUCUAUAACAUCACGCUUGCCGUGCUCGGCGCAACAUGGCUGGUCUUGUUUCUCGAUAUCGUUCUCAAAUGCUAUCCGCCGAACCGCCAAUGGAAGGGACUGACGGAUCCGACUCUGGCGUGCCCUGAGAAACCGACGACAGUCAAUUACUGGCUCACGAUCCUCUUCAACAUCUUCUCCGACGUCUUCAUUAUCUGCCUACCAAUUUCGCAAGUCGCACGGUUAAAGAUGCCCUCGAGACAGAAAUGGGGUGUGAUUUCUGUCUUCCUGCUCGGCGGUCUUGUCGUUAUCACAAGCAUCAUAAGAGCAAUCUAUUCCCACCGCAAUGAACAGAUGAUCACCUGCACCGUGUCCAUGAUUGAAACUGCCAUCGCCAUCAUUGCCUCCUGUCUCCCCGUCCUCCGGACGCUCGUCUUUGGCUCGCACUCCCGCACCGGCACCUACAGCUCCAACAAGCGGCGGGGUUAUGAGCUUUCUAGCUCGGGAGGUCUCCACAGCAACAGCGCCAAUGUGAACAGCAAGCACAGGACGACUGUCAGUGUCUCGCUCUCGCGAAGCCAAACCGUCAUCAGCACGCCGGGCCUGAGCGGUACAUUUGGAGCCCGCAGUGGGACUCGUCUGGGAAGUCAAGAUGAGCGGGAUCAUGAGACUGAAUUCUCAAGACAUGAGAGCGAGGACGAGCUGGUCGAGAAGCCGGUCAAUAUGGGCCCUGGAAUUGCAGUGCGCCACGAAUAUUUCGUCCAUGAGGAUGGACAGAGUCUGCAUGCGCGGUAGCUGCCUGCGCUUGAUUCAGUUCACUGUUGGCUCGGCAGGGAUCCCAUGGACAGCCUGACUGAUCGCCGAGGGCGAUUUUUCAUUCAUUUCUUUUCUUUCCUUUGUGCUUCAAAGUCCUAACAGACCCACUUGGGAGUAUACUUAUUCUAGCUUACCCUCCUGGGACCCCGUGUAUAUACCCUACCAACCUAGAGGGUCGCUUGCUUUGUGGUGGCGGCUUAAACUACAUAUCACAUAUCUGAUUAUA